AAAUUAGGGAAAAAUUCAUAUAGUUAUCUUUUUAUAUAGCAGUUUCACUCAUUUGAUGAUCAUCAAUUAAGAUCAGAUUAAGUUUCAUAUAUACAUGCUUUUUGAAACUUUGUUUUAUGCUGAAAGGCUUUUCUAACUGGAUACCUGGCUUUGUUGUUACUGACAUACAUUGAAUCCCACCAGGAUUGUAUUAAUUCUUUAAUCUAUUAUUUAGGAUUUCAAUAAUUAAUAUGAUGUGUAAAAGAUAAAACGAAAAUGUUUAUUCCCAUCCCAACGCAUUAAAGAUGGCAUCCAGCGAAUACAACGAAAACUGGAUAGACGAGAUUUCAAGAUGUACUGAAAUAUCAGAACUCUCAGUACUCAGUCCUGAUCUUAAACCCGAUGAAUAUUUCUAUGGAUUUCAUGGCUUGAAAGAGGAAAUUCUGUACCGCGUGUUAAGGAGCGAUGAGAGCGAUGAAGUCAUAAAGAAUGAAAUUGUUUGCAAAGAUCCAAAUUCCACUCGCACUGUAGAACAACAUAUAGCGUCCGGUUCCAAAUAUGGCUCGAGAUUCAUCUCAACGACAACAGACCGUGAGGUAGCUGCACUCUGGGCUUUCUAUAAAAUGGAAACACCUGAAAGGAAACCUAGAGACAAGCCACUAAGAAUCGUUAAAAUUACAGUAGAAAAACUUGUUGGAACCGAAACAGAAAAGAAAUGUAUAAAUCUUUGCAAUAAAGAAGUACGGGAACAUUUCAUUAAAGGUGCAACACACAGAAGCUGGGCAAUAUCAUCCAAGGAGGUUCUUUUCCAAUACAGAAUUCCAAAAUAUGUUCAAAAUGCUGAACUUGUUUAUUAUUUGGCCACAGAUAUUCCUAAACCACCACAACCACCUCCAAAGAAACCUAAAAGCAAAGCCGUAUCACUGGAAGAGAGUAUGGCUAACUUAAAAUUCCCAAAAUCAUAGAACUGCAAUACAAAUAGUUUACACAUGGAACAGUUUAAUGGAAUGUUAAAGUUAAAUAACUUGUUCAAGAAAAUGACAAUUUCUCUAAGUUAUAAUAAUGAAAUAUCCGACAAAAAGUUUACUUACAGUUAAUCAGAGUCUCAUUAAUGCGCGAUCCAAGAUGUGACAGGGUAUCACUCGAUGGAUGAAAAAAUCGGCCCAUCUGCUGCGGCGGAAAUUACUUUUUAUUUUUAGGUAAACAGACUUCUACCCUCAAGGACGUAAAAAGGGGCAACAACCACAUAAAGCAAUUAUUUCAAUUUUUGCAACUUGUAUUCAAAUAUUUUGAUAUUCUCUUAUCAAUUCGUUAAAUUUGAUCCAGUACGCUGAUUGUCACCUGUGAACGUGAGCUAGUGCAGUAAUUCACGUUAUUCAAAAUUCAUUGCACGCAUUUACAAAAAUGUAAUGUUAUUACAUGUUGAAGUCGGUUACAAACUCAUGAACGACCAUUCAUUCAAUAUGUCCGGACUUUUAUUUUAUUAUACUCAAGUUCUACUCAUUAAAACCAGUACUGACUUUUAUACUUCUUAAAAGUAGGCGUUAUCGAAAUCUUUUUAAGCGACAAUAUCAACCACCAUCUAGUUUAUUUCAGUAUUGGAGAGUGGCCGAAGGUAUACAGGAUAGGCUGCGGCUCUAGGGUUCCACAUUUAACCCAGCUUCGUAUAUUGCACUAACACAUUUCAAAUCACGAUGCAUCUUUAGAACAUCACUUUAUAUAAAUUUUACCCCUCAUUCAUUGUUUUAAAAAAACACAGUUUUCAAGGGAAUAGAUCUAUUAUCAUAUAAAAUAAUAUGUGACAUUAAUCAUCUCGUGUUCACGAAUAUUGUAACAUACUGCAUAAACAUUACAUAUGCAUCGUCACGCACCCCGAGUGUCGACAAGGCACACCUUAUGCAUUUACAGAGAUAACCUCUAUUGUAUUUUGUUUAACUUGCCUUUCAUCCUUUAUAAUUAGGUUUGUAUUCAACCUUUUAAAAUGUUACUUUAGACAUAGAUGCUAAAUGACUUAGCAUAUGAGGCAUAACUCCGUUAUUUUUGAAAGCUUUUCUAUUUUAGAUAAAUAUAUUUUAAAACCCACUAUUAAAUGCAAUGCUUGGGACCUCCAAGUCGCUGACUUCAGCUCACUCGCUCCGAGCCUCGGGGCUUUGAAUUUUUCAUGUGAGGAAGCCGUCCAGCUGGCGGUAGUUCUACCAAGUACCCGCCAGUGAUGGAAUAAUGCACAGAGGGGGCAUCUAUGGCCUUUUCACCACCAUAAAAGGCUUGAACAUUGCCAUAUGACCAAUAGUAUUGUCAAUGUGACGUUAAACCCAACAAGAAUAGAUAAAAGCAACGUUUGAUCACGGGUCUUGUUUCAGAUCGUUAAAUUUAAAAUUGUUAAAAGAUAUAAUGAUUUCUUUUACUAUUUUCAAAUAAUAUUUCAAGAAAUUUGUAUUGUAGCAUUGGCUUUCUUCAUUAAAAUGUUAGGGGUCUAGCUUGGUAAGUCCACAAGUGUAUAAUUAUGAAAAGGACGUGUUGACAUUUUGGUAUUGUAUUUGAUCCUGAAGUUUGGUAAGGUUUUAUCAUGUAUAUUGUAAAGAUGACCUAUAAAUUUUUAUGAUAUGUGAUUUUAUAUAUACUUCGUGUAAAUCUGGUUUCAAAACAUGUAAAUGCAUUUGUUAUGUAUAGAAAUAUGAAAAAAUGGAGUUAAUCAGUGAUAAACAUUGUAAAUUUGUCAUAAAACAUUUGCCGUUAUAUUGCAUUUCAUUAUCUUAAAGUAUUAAAAUGUUUUUUUCCAGUCAUGCUAAGUUAACAGAUUAACACUAGUUUUGAGUGUAUUACUUUCUUUUGGGAUCAUAUAAACUAUUUGAUAUCUGUGUGAUAGAAUUACGCUUAAGCUGAUGCAAAGUGUGAUAGAAUUUCGCUUAAGCCGAUGCUAAGUGUGAUAGAAUUACGCUUAAGCUGAUUCUAAGUGUGAUAGAAUUUCGCUUAAGCCGAUGCUAAAUGUGAUAGAAUUUCGCUUAAGCUGAUGCUAAGUGUGAUUGAAUUUCGCUUAAGCUGAUGCUAAGUGUGAUAGAAUUUUGCUUAAGCCGAUGCUAAAUGUGAUAGAAUUUCGCUUAAGCUGAUGCUAAGUGUGAUUGAAUUUCGCUUAAGCUGAUGCUAAGUGUGAUUGAAUUUCGCUUAAGCUGAUGCUAAGUGUGAUAGAAUUUCGCUUAAACCGAUGCUAAAUGUGAUAGAAUUUCGCUUAAGCCGAUGCUAAGUGUGAUUGAAUUUCGCUUAAGCUGAUGCUAAGUGUGAUUGAAUUUCGCUUAAGCUGAUGCUAAGUGUGAUAGAAUUUCGCUUAAGCCGAUGCUAAAUGUGAUAGAAUUUCGGUUAAGCCGAUGCUAAGUGUGAUAGAAUUUCGUUUGCGGGAUUUUGCACAUUUCAUUACCUCUCAUGAGCAUACUCAAUAAAACCGAGUCUGCUAUUACUUUUCUUAGUUUUAUUCUGUGCUUCCAAAGUAUCUUCUUAUAGAUUUUAUGGCUAAAAGUUUCUUCCAGUUCAAAUGCGCUAUAUUUGAUGUGUUUUAUCUAUAAUUGUAUUGAAUAUAAACAUUGAUGACACCAUAAUGAACUCUGUUGAAAUACCGAAAAAUUAAGAAUACUAGAAUCAAUGUGUAAAGGCGCUUUUUAUAACAUGUUCUUCUUUGACAUAAUGAAGUAUCAAAGAGUGGAAAAUAUGUUUGACAAAUUCACAGCAAAUAUAUCAAAUGUAUGGAAUCCCCCGAUUGUUGUUAUAUUGUUAUACAAGAUUAAAUUGCAAAUCUACAACAGGACUUUAUCAUAAAAGCAUAAUAAAGAAAAUUCCUUUUGUAUCAGUACUAUACAAAUUUUUCAUUUUUAGGUCUGUUAUUUUUGCAGUUAGAAACUGGUCAAUGAAUGCAAUUUAUGUUUCCCAUGUAUUUGUAUACCGCGUUAUAGAAUUACGGGACAGUAGUUUAAUGAGUUAACUUAGAAAAAUUCAAUACAACAACCAUUUGUCGGAAAUACUAUAGCCGCUAGCAUCGGGUUAAGGGGACCUUUAUUAUAAUAUUACAUUGCCAGGAAUCCAUACCGAAGGACUUGAAAAAAGCUUUUAAAACCUGACGAAUAAAAUGUGUUCUGCAACUGAGCAUAAAAUAUUGUAUUGGAAGCAAUAAUUUAAGCUUACUUAAUUCGUACUGAUACAAAACUGAUACAAAACGAAUUUUAAGGAAUACCGUCCGUCCGACCGCAAAUCUGGAUCCUGCAAUUACUCGAAAAGUAUUCAAGCUAGGUUAAUAAAACUUAGCGUGUGUGUUAUAUAACGAGCAAUAUGUAGAAAAUGCAUGUACAUGACUUGUGCUUAUAGGUCAAUGGUCAGGGUUUACUAUUGAAUUUGAAGCUCAAGUAAAAAUUGUUUCCGCUCCAUAACUUUUAUAUGCAUUGAUGGAUUAUCUUAAUGGUACACAGAAACGUUCCCAUGACGAGACAAUGUAUCAACACAUGAUCUAUGCUUGUCAGUUAAAGGUCAAUGUCACUGUUCAAAGUCAAUGAAAAUGUGUUUCUGUCCCAUACCUUUUAAUUGCAUUGAAGGAUUUUUUUCAUUACUAUAGAGAAAUGACUAUUUGUCGCGCACAUGACCCAUGGUUGUCGGUCAAAUGUCAAGGUAACUAUUGAAGGUCAAGUUAAAAUCUGUUUCCACACUAUAAUUUUUAUGUGCAUUGAUGGAUUAUCGUAAUACUGCACACACUUAGUUAACGUUCCUCAUGAUGUGCUUGUAGGUCAAGGUCACUAUUGAAAUUUAAGUGAAAAUAGUUUUUGUGUCUUCGCUCCUAAAUGCCUUGAAACAUUUUUAGUCUUAACCCUGUUGCCCACAACACUUCUGUAUUGCCACUCAGUGACUUGGUUAUUAUGCUUUUGUGAAUUUUACGAAUUUUCAUCAUUUUUUAUCCGUUAUUUUAUUAAAUAAUAACACAUUCACAUAAUUCUAUAUUCAAUGUAGAUAUAAAAUGAACGUGCAACUUACAAAAAAUCUUUUAAGUGAAAAAUAAUAUUUCAUUUAAUUUCUUCUUAUAUUUUGCAAAUUGGUCAAUUAAUCUCGGCGUUUAAAUGUGCUCCUCCACCUGUUUUGUAUGGAAUAUGCUUUUAAUAUUAGAUUUGUCUUUGUUUAUAAUUUUAGCUCACCUGAACUUGGUUCAGGGUGAGCUAUAAGUAUGGGUGGACGGUUCGGCGUCCUUCUUCCAUCAUUCAUUGUCCUGUUUCAACACUUUACUUAAACAUCUUCUCUGAACCUAACGAUCACAUUUACACAAAUCUUGGUCAAGAGUAUCCUGGGAUGGACCUUUGUAAAGUUUACACAAAGGUUCACCUUUGUCCCUUUUAGGGGUCACAAGAGCUAACAAUAGAGAAAAAAACUUGGAACGAAUUCUUCUCAUGAACCGCAUGAUGGAUCUUCAUCAAACUUGGUCUGUAGCAUCAGUAUAACUUUGAAUUAAUGUGUUCAAAUGGGGGCGAUUGGACUCUUUUAGGAGCCACUAGAACUAAAAAUAGAAAUGCCCAUACAUGACUUUUUUCUCAUGAAGCGCUAGAUGGAUCUUCAUCCAACAUUAUUAUAAGGUUCUCAACGAAGUUUAUUCAGUUGGUGGGCACUUAGCUCUUUUUAGGGGCUGCUUGAGCUAAAAAAAAUAUCUACCUUUACACAAUUUCUUCUCAUGAAUUGUUUGAUGUAUUUUCAACAAACUUGGUAUAAAACAACAAUAUAAGUGUUUAUACCAGCUUUGUUCAAAUGAGGGGAGGGAUCACUUGACCCUCUUUAUCGGCCACUAUAGCUAAGACAUAAAUACCUUUAAACGACCUCUUCUCAUAAACAACUGGAUGGAUUCUCAUCAACCUUAUGUGUAAUAUCAUCAUAGGAUCUCCCGCCAGUUUUAUUCAAAUGGGGACGCUUAGUCCCUUGUAAGGGCUACAAUAAUUAAAAGUAGGAUUACCGUUAAUGACAUCUUCUCAUAAACUGCUUGAUCUCUAAUGUCAUUGUAAGGUUCUGUCCCAAACUUGUUCAAAUGGGGGCACUUUGCCACAGGUAGAGGCCAUAAGAGCUAAAAAUGGGAAAGCUUCUCAUGAAAGGAUUGAUAUAAAACUUGGCCUGUAGCGUCUUUGUUUGGUCUUUUCGGAAAUUUGUUCAGAGUUAAAAAUAGAAAAUAAUAAUUUGUCAGAAACAAGGUCAUGUGGUCAUGUUCCUCUUCAGGUGAGCAACUGAUACCUAUUUUGGCCUCUUGUUACAAUAUAUACUGUUAAAUACUUUUGAAUGUACAUAUGCAUGAAAAGAGUAAUAUAUAAUUAUGGUAUAUAAUACUUGUUAUACUAAUCAACUUAGCCUAACAGGAUUAGCUUUAUUUCAAAAUAUAACGCUUAAAUUA